CAACCGUGGGUUGGGCCGUCGCCUGGGGCUGGGCGACUUGAAGCAACGCUCGAAAAACGCCGCGCCGCAGGCCAGCGCGAGCGUCAAGCAACGUCGACGGGAGACCCGAAAACGAUCCGACAGCUCCGAUCCUUGGAGGCUCAGCCGCCGUUAUGCCACUGCCGGGGUCGCAGCUGAUCUGCUAAGAGAAAAAAAAAACGCCGCCCGGAAACGCACCCCGCGCGCAGCGACCUAAUCCUGCGCAUAUCCUGCAUUCAUUUCUCGCCUCCAAACGAAACGACGUCGAGAUUAGUAUAGCUCAUCAUGGGAACGAGAGCAGCCGCCUUCACCGCCAAGAUUCGUAAUCUACACGACUACCACACACGAAUUCUGCAUGGUCUUCCUCCCCUGCCUUCAGGGGUAGACGUUGCCAACACCCUGAAGUAUUUUUCCCAGACACUGCUCAGUGUCCUCAAAGAUGUACCCAGUAUUCCUCUUGACAUGAUCCGUUGUCACGAGAAGGACCAUGCCAGAACAACACUGUUUCCAAGUCUGGACUACAAGGCUCUCUAUCACGCCAUUGUGCAAUUAGUGGAUGCGGUUCCUGUCAUCCAGUCGGGAGCUCAUGCUCUCGGGUACACGAUCCUAAACACUCUGGCGUGCCUAGUGCCGUUCUUGGAGCACGAAUAUAUGGACACGCUGCCUUACAUUGUGGCCUCAUCGAUGGCCUUGUUUCCGACGUCCUUGCACAAGGACAUUGUAGACAUGCUCUGCAAUCAUCUGCUACCUUACACCAUCACCAACCCAGUGGAUGUGGAUGCCCUUAAUUAUGCCAACAUGUCUACAUCUGCUGUAAUUAUGAUGGUAUUCCAGUACACGGAGAAUGUGGCAUACCAGACGCAGUUGCUGGAAUGUCUCAUGAGCCUCAAACGAGACAUUGUCAAGGACUUGCUGUGCGUGAUCGCCCAUGGCACGGCCAAGGCACGGCACCCAGCGGUGGAAAUGUUCUUCCACUACUGGCCCACUCUGAACCCCAUGCUGAGGGACAAGAAAGGGUUCUCAAUCAGGCACUCAGGAUCUUGCCCCAUUGGCUGGAAGCCACUGAUGUGUCAACGGGAGAGUUGUGUUAGCAUAGAAAACAAGGAAGCCUACAAGAUGUGCCUCGAUCACUCCAUUGCCAUUGCGUCGGGGGAGCGGCCACCACCCCUGUUCGUGUGUCAGGGGUGCGCCGACCAGAUCCGUCGGGAACACGGCCCAAACCACCUGAUGGAUGUACUACUGCCGAUGCAGGAAAUUUCUCUUCACUGCGAAAAUAAGAACUGCAGUGGUCGUGAGAAGUCGGCCAGCGUGACCUGCUUCUCCAUGGAGUGUGCCAGUUUCAACGGCAACCGGCCCAUCCGCUACUGUGGCCAGUGCUUCCAGGGAAAGCACGCCGGCAACAAUGAGCGUGCCAGCCAACACGUGGCUCUGCGACCCAUCCCGAGCCCCUGGAGCAUGGAUCGUGAGACACAGCUCUACUUCGUUGAGGCCAUUGUCAGUCUUCUAAAGGAGGCCCAGCCCACAUCAGACAAAGGCGGCGUACCGGGAAAGGAAUCGACGACCGAUCGCCACUCACGCUUGGGUGGCCUACUCUCGGAGGGCCCCGAGGAAUCGCUGGAAUGCAUGGCCCAGGAAGAGCGACAAUUGCUGAGCCGCUAUGGCGUCUGGCUCCUGGUUGGCCUCUGCACACCCGAAGACAACACGCCUCCCGAAACCCUUGGCCGCCUCCUGGGAAUGCUCUUCCAGUGGUUCCACUACACUGCUUGCCUGCCCGAUGAUCAAACAGGAAAUUCGCUAGAAAGGCUUAAGACGGAAUACAUCCACGGCUGGCUGAUGGACAUUGCGCGCACCCACUUCGAUGUUUUCGUGUCCUGUCUCCUGCCUCACCCCGCGGAGUAUGCUCAAGUUGGAGGGCAUUGGGAUAACUGGCCGUGCCAGACUGACCAAAUAAAGGAGGGGUUCAAGACACUCCUUUGCCUCGUUCCCUAUGACAUUAUCAACAGAGAUGUGUGGGAGUACAUCAUGCCACAUUGGAUGGAAGCCUUCAGAUUCGAAAUACCUGAGGAAGAACUUUCCGAACUCAAAAUCCUUCUCAGCAAAGUUCUAGAUCCAGACCUAAGCCCUUUGGGGUUCAACAUCAAGCAGAUGUAUGGAUUCCUGACUGCUCGCUUUGAGAACACCACCGUGCAAGUACAGGAGCAAGCGCUGUACUGGCUACAGAUCCUGACCAUGCUGGAGGUUCCGGUGCCCCUGAACCUGCUCUUCUCCAUGUUCGCAUCCGGAGUGCAAGUUGGGGCACCACCCACUGCAAGUGAUGCGACUGCCAAGGAAGGACCUGCCCAAGUCACUGGUCUCACACCCAGGUUUCAUCCGCUGAGGCAGGACACCACUGGUACCAUGCUUGGUAGCCUUGGCCUGGACUGCGACCAGCUUCCCAGCUUCCUACCCGAAGAUGCGCCUCCCCGCGAGGAGAAGUCUGAUGCCGAGGUCACCCUCAGCUGCCACAUACUCAUGGUCGACAUACUCAUCAAGCAGCUCGAGCUGCAAGAGAUCACCGCCCACCGGGGCCUGGCCACGAACGAGGCUCGUGAGAUCCUGUCCCUGCUGCACGCCAUGCUGAGGUUCCCGCGUGAACAGCAUCAGUGCUGCCAAGCUGGCUGCGCAAGAGGUGCGGCCGGGGCGGUGCCCGUGGCGUGCCUCUUCUGUGAGAUGACCGCCAUCUGGUACCAGCUGGUACUGGCGCUGGUAGAGUUCUUCUGCCCCGUCAUGGAGGUUGCCAUGGCUGAUAUCCCCACGGAUCCAUCAAACAUGGCCAACAGCCACCCACCCAUCUCGCCCAAGCCACUUCUCAAGGAGGACACGCAGAGGUCAUCUUCGUCCACUCCUCCGCACAGGACACAGCCAACAGUAGCCCCUAUGACAGCCAUCAAGGAGCCUGCGAUACCAACUGUUCCUGAGAGCCAAGAAAGUCCCGAAUCGUUGGUCGACAUUGAACCAGCAUCGCAGCCUGUCGAAAUGCCAGCUGUCAUGACAGCUACCUUGGAAGAGUGUGCAGGUCACUUGGACACAGUGGCCAUUAUGCCCACAGAGCAAGUGGUCACCGCGUUUGCACGUGCUGUCACGCUCACCGAAGAUGACGUUCCUGAGGCAAAGUGUACUGUUGCAUCGGCAACUCUGGUUGACGAGAACGAUCGGGCUGUGGUCGCACCCGAACCAGCUGAAGACUCGUCGUUCUGGCACACAAGCCAAGGGAAAUUUCGCUUCACGAUUGAUGAGUUGCCGCCCCAGCUUCGGCUCGUCUACGUAUUAUUGAAGGAAAUGGCCGUACACGAAGAUGCUGACGUUUUGUAUCACCUGCUGACGUGCCUCAAGCUACUCAGCCUGCAUGCCGAAGUACUGAAUAAAGCUGCACACGACCACCGCGGAUUCCUAAUCUGGUGCCAAGAAAACCUCCUGGUUGCCAAUCUUUGGAAGUUGCUGCAGGCAGAGUUCUCGCAAAUUGCCCGCCUGUGCGUGCCACUUCUCCUGCACUGCGUGACACUGCCCAGUGGCAUGGACAUGUUCUGGAAGGCGGUCGAGGCCGACUUUCACAGUGAGAACUGGAGGGAUCGCUUUGCUGCCGGUAAAAAGGUGACCAUGAUAGCGCACUUUGUGGAACCCAAUACGGUCAAAAAUAGCCCACUGCUGCAGUCGUCGCUGCUGAAUGCGUUGUGCCUACAUUGUCCCUGCCUGGAGCAUCGCAGCCUCGGUGGCCGACGCGCUGUUUCACUGGACAGCAUCAAGACAACGUCUCUCAAGCUGCUGGUGUGGUGCCUGGAGGCGCAGUUCGACACCGUGAUCUUGGACCGGCCCAUGAUCCUUCAGACUGUGUUUCAGCUGUACAGCCACCUGAGCGAACGGCGUUUCCUCACGUGGGACUUUUUCCUGAACCGCUUCGACGCCCUCUUCAUGGAGGCUCAGAUCAGCCUCGAGAGGAGUGGCGAGAUCAGCUACACACGAGACCUGAAAAACAGCAACAAGAACAGCGAGGUGUUCCAGCGCAAGCUGAACCGAGCUCAUGAAGCGCUGUCAUUGACGCGUUCUGGCCGCACGCUGACGUCUAGCUUGGGCACCAAGUGGCCCUACAAGCGUGCCAUGUCUGCCCCUGGAGGCAUGAUUUCACGCCAGGACAAGAUGGUUGUGGACAAGGAGAAGAUUUAUGGGCGCCAGUCCUCAGCUCCUGUACUCAAGAGGAAAAGCUCUCGGAUGAGCGCUGCUGGAACAUUUAGUGGAUACCCUUCUAUGCAGCAUUUUCCAAACAGCUUUUUUCCGGACGGCAACCUGAAGGACAUGGUGCAAGAGGAAGGUCACUUUCUGCACGUUGUGCACAGAGUGAUGGACAUGGAAGAUCACGACAAGGACACCCUCCAUCUCCUCAUCUUUCUUCUCAUGGAGUUUCUCUCUAGACCUGACCAAUCGCACCCGACCGAGGAGAAAGCCAUGGCAAGGAACCAGCUGAUAGUUCUUCGACACCUGAACAUUCUUCUGGGUUACAGCCAAGCAGAAAAGGGUUUUCUUGUGUCGCCAAAUAAGUUGAGGGCAUCGCCGGUUUUCAAUGCCUUUCUUGCAUCCAUGCCGAAAGUGCUGGACUACAACUUCAAGAUCGGCAACGUGCUCCUCAGCACGUGUAUGCCCGUGCUCAUCUACUGUCCGUCGCCACAGCGCUACUCCCAUGAGCAUGUGUCUCCCCGAUACUCGCUGUGGUUGCUGGAUGCACCGGCACGGCACUCCUGGCUCAUGGCUGUGCUUGUGGUCCUCUACAAGUUUGAAUAUGGAGUGCCGCCUUUGUCAAGACAAGUUCAAAUGCUGGUGCGGAUUUUGCUGAACACGCUAGAUGCCCAAAAUCACCAGUGCAAGAAUAUUCCAGAACCAUUCUUAAGUCCCGUUCCAUCACGCUCUCGAGAUCUAAGUACAGCUUCUGUUGACCUUGAAAACAUCCAAGAACAUGACGGAAGCACUCCCCUUGACCUUGGCCUAGCCGGAGACGAGAUCCGGUUUGCAUUUGGGUCUAGUACCACAGCCGAGGCUAAAGCCAGCUACCACAAGCCCCUGGCACGUGACACGCAUGACACAACUGAAGCUUCGCGCGAGUUGCUGCGAUCCGGCAAAGAAACCGGUGACCGUUCCCAAUGGAAGGCACUCAAGAUGGCAGACUUCAGCUGUUCCGGAGACGAAGACGAAGCAGAGCCGGAGCUCGAAGCAAUCCCCGAGAGUCCUAAAUCCGAGAGCUCGGACAUGGCCGAGUUUGGAGGCGAGCUCCAGGCCCUGGCACCUUCCGUGCCAAUGGCAGAGCUCGCGGAGCAGGCAAGGAUCAGGGUGGUCAAGACGUACUACCUGGAGCAGCUGGCAGAAGAACCAGUUCUCGUGGGCGGCACACCUGUUGAUUCGCAACCCAUGUCUUCUGUACCGUCAGGUAUGGACGGCCAGGACUCUUCACAAGUCCAUAUCGAAAAGUCAUUAGCAGAGCCCAUGGAGAAACCCACGUCUAGACCCCCACAAUCAGUAUUUCCCAACAAAGCCGAAGCAGAUGCAGAGACAAAGGCUGUCGACGACAGGUGCAGAGAGGCAUCGCAGAGCCCUUCGAAAUGGCAGAACUCUUCCAGUGUCCCGCCAGACCAGACAACUGCUGCAACUGCGGUUGCUGGCAAGUGCGGAUCUCCUCAGCCAAGGCCGGAGAUCCGCCUCCCGGAUGUGCAUCCGUGCGACAUUAAGGGCAAAGUUGCAGCUGUGAAGAAGGUCUUCGAAGCGAGAGCCACAUCAGACGCGGCGGCUGCUUUCGCAUCUUCUCGCAAGAACGUAGUGUCCCUGGAUGCUAAAAUGAUGACGCCGCCGAAAGAGCGUGCCCUCCUCACCUCCAAGUCUACCACCGACAUCGACGACGGGGAACAGGCGACGCCCCUGAGCCCCAGUAAGUCUCCCAAGCCUCGCAUUCAUCGCAUGGGGGCGGUCGACCUUGGCUCUCUGAGAGUCAAGGCAGAGUCACCAAAGCCUAGCCCUUCCAAAGACACCGCUCCCGCCGAGGGUUCCCUCACAACAGUCGCAGAGUCUCCGAAGAAGGUGCCAAAACGUCUGACAGCUGAUACAGCAGUCAUUCAGUCUUUUCAAGAUACGAGCUCUCAUCGGACGGUAUCAAUGAGCCCUAAGAAGAUCACUUCGGAGCCUGCUGCGCUGCCGAAGUCACCUGGCGUGUAUGUGAAGGAACCGGCCACCGCCCAACGGUCCCUUGACAUGCUGACCGCCAAGCUGCGAAGCGCCGUGCCCAGGGAAACCGUUCACAGGACCAGGUCGGAGAGCAGUCAGGUGACAGUGCCAAGGCCACUGCCACCGGCCUGCAAUGUGCAACGGCAACACGGUCCCAUUGUGCUGGAGCCACUCAUGGUAAGGCCAACACCAGAGCGGCUACUGCCCAUUGGGCCACAGCCCAAGGGUACCAAGCCGUUCAUGCCCAAACAACUUUCAAUGGGCAGCCUUGGUCCCGGAGCCGAUUUCCGCAUCCGACACGAGCCCAGACAAGCCGACGUCUUCCUUCUGGAAGCCAGCCGAGGCGGGGGCAUGCAGACAAGGCCGGGCGUUGGUGCCCACUUUGGGGGCAUUCUCCUCGGACACCAGCCGCUGGGCCCCAUGGAAAUUCCGUCAUUGGAGAGGCUGCUGCCUGUAGGCCCGAUGCCCACACGCCAGCCUUUGGACACACGGAGCAGCCCCGGGUCGCCCGCACGUCGACUCAAGUCACGAUCGCAGAGCACAGACACCAACUUGGUCACCAAGCGCAGUGAUCCCGACCUCCUUGCGCGAGUGCAGCUGGCCAGCACUGAACACAUCUUUACUUUUCCUGACAUCCAAGCAGUUGAGCCGCAGACAACUCGGAAGGACUCUCCGGUGGUUGAGAAAGCCCACCCCUCCGUCGAUUCACCUCAGCGGCAACCGCCAGCACAGUCGGCUUCCGCCGUUCCGUCAGAAGACAAAGGCAGCAGCAAAGGUGGCGCGGAAGUGGCCGCAGACGCUGCCUCAAAGGAGCGGGUGCGUCCUCAGGAGCACUCGAUCAGCGGAGGCCUCAUCGACAUGCUUGUGAAGGACGUCAUCCUGGACAAGGUGCUGAGUGCCGCCGGAAGGGUGGAGACUGCCUUCCUCACCCACGGCUCCAACAGCCUCGAGGUCAAGGACGACGAGGACACCGCACCACAUCCCGAGAAAGGAGCAAGUGACGAAGCCCGCACACGGCUUCACUACCGCCCCCGCAAGCAACGCAAAUCUGGAUUGAGCACUAUUGAGAUUCAGCGCACCCUCGACGCUCGAGGAGGUGCUGCCAGGCGGGCACGCAAGUCCGAGCCAAGCAGUGGCGGCCCGACUCCGAGCAAACGACGCCCCGGCAGCAGUGGCGGGGGAGGUGGAGGAAGGACAGCGGUCGAGGAGGCUGUUCCCGAACGCUGUCCUGAGUGUGCCCUUCCCCUGGAACACUACAGUGAUGAGGAGCUGGGCCUCUGCAUUGUGCUGCUGGCCACAUUUGUGCACCGGCAGCCGGCCCUGGCUGCGCCCCUGCUUCCAGAGAUUCUGCGACUAGUUGCCAAAGUCGCCUCACAAGUAUACUACCCGUGGCAACAUGAAAGCAACGUUCACCUGCCGGGCGGUUGCAAGAGCGUCGCACGCCAGUUCAUUAGGUGCACCUUACACCAGCUCUCCACCAAUGGAAUCUUUCAACAGAUAUUCACUGGUAAUUUCGAUGCAGAUUUCUUCAAGGUAAUGGCUGCUGCCCUGGCAGAUUUUAACGAACUCAACCAAAUGCAGCCUCUGAUGAUACUGUUCGAGGAGCUCACUGAACGCAAGCAUGUGGCUGGAGAGCAGCUGCUGCAGGUGCUGGGCAACGUGGCCACCUACCUGGAGUGCCUGACUCCCGAGGGGAAUGCGCUCCUGUGGACCGCUUUCUUGCCACAGCUGGACGCUCUGCUUAGAAAGCUGCUGCUGUCCCUGCCACCCGCCGCACCCCCGUCGUCUUCCGGGGGCAGUGGCGGUGGCAGUGCUCCUUCCGGCGCGGCUCCCCUGGGCACCCCCCUGGAGCCCCUGCUCAGGCUGCUUCUCUGCGUGCUGCGCGUCCCCACCGUCAACACCUGCAAGUCUAUCUUGGACCCAUUCUCGAAGAUCCUUAGCUACGCCAUCCAGCACUCUCUCAUCCAGUACCAGCAACUCCUGGAACUUUGCCAUUUAUGUAACCGCAACAUGUCCAGGGAAAGAGAUAAGCUGGUCUUCACACGAACAGUAGUUUUCGAACUUGUGCAGGCACUCAAAUUUAAGUCUGCCAUUCCAGAUGAAAACUUGCUCGUUCUCGUGCAGUUUGUGCUUCAGGAUACUGGUGGCGUCCUAUGCCCAAACGUGAUUGUUGAAGACCUUCUACUUCCCCAAGAUCUCCAGAAUACUUACAACACAGGAGCUAGUGAAUGCAUGCGCCAAAAUCUCAACGAGGUGCUGGAAUUUGUCGCUGAUGUUCAUGCUCUCAUACGUAUCAAGAGCAACUUCCAUGGCACGGCGAGUCGCCUGAACGAGGAGACCUUAGGAGGCCAGGUGAAAGCGGGCAUGGCCCAAUACCUGGCCCUAGAGAUCACACGGGGAAACGGCAGGGAUAACCGUGCAAUUGGGAAGUACCUGCCCUGGCUGUACCACCCGCCAUCUUCACUGCAGCAAGGCCCCAAGGAGUUCAUCGACUGCGUUGCCCACAUCCGGCUGCUAUCGUGGCUCCUGGUCGGAGCACUAAUGCACAGCGCCCUCCUCGGCAACACUGCAAACCUCGUGUGCCAGCCCAUACCGCUGGAAGCCAACGGCCACAUAGCCGACCACAUCCAAGUCAUCCUCGCUGGAUUUGCAGAGCAAUCCAAGGCUUCUGUUCUACACAUGUCUUCACUCUUUCACGCAUUCAUCCUCUGUCAGCUGUGGACCAUGUACUGUGAACACAUGGUGUCACUGAACCCGCCUGGCAGUGAACAGAGCCAGCUGUGCACGCUGACCCUGACAGACUUCUGGAUCAAGAUCACGCCGGGCAUCCUUCAACUCGUGUGCCAUUCCAAAGUGGAAGGCCAUUCUCAGCUGGCAGAAAUGGUGAGCCUGCACUUUUUGAGCUUGAUGGAAGCACUGCUGGAAUGCAACUCGACAGUCCUUGCAAGGCUCCUUCCAAUGUGGACACCAGUGCUGUACAGCUACCAGGGACAGUUGCCGAGCCAGUUGAAAGUGCGGCUGCAGGCCUGCCUCGACUGGCUCCCACCGGUGCAGACACGAGAGGAGGCCACCUUUGUGAGCAGCAACUUCCUGAAGUGGCUACAACGAAUCCAAUUCAAGAUGGGCCAGAUCGAGCUUCAGUCCUCGGCUGCCACUCAGUUCUAUUCUGUCUGAAUAUUUCCCUCGCGUCUUCCACCACACAGUUGACCCAGUUACCAACCGGUCACUCAUUCUGUACUAACAAACACUGCAUGGCUGAUUUUGUGUGAAGUUUGCUUACACACACUUCAAAUUUUUUAGUUGAUCUAAACGAACGAAAAGGCACUUAAAAAGUGCAAUACAGCAUUGAGUACCCAGAUACGAAGAAAUUAUGUUUAGUUGAUGAUCUGUCAUUACUCAUACACACGGUGUUUGGCAAGUCAGUGGGAAAUGCUUGUAACUUUUACAUGCAUUUUACACCUUCCGUGUUAGAUGUGUGAGCAAUAAUGCAUGUCGAUGCCAAAAGUCAGAUAGGUUUCAGUUUUCAUUACACAAUUGAAGGCUGCGUGUUGACAGCUCUUUUCUUGAUAGCAUGGCCGAAAAUAUAUUUGCAGAGCUAAUGACUUGUGAUGCAGACCAUGUCUGGUUUGCUUUUUGUUCUUAUUACAGAGCUGUGACGCUGCUACAUCAUUGUUGUGCAACUUUCUUUUAAAGGUGCUGUUGUGCACAAUGCCAGGGUGCUUAGUUAUGGAUUGGGCAACGUUUACAUGUUCUGAAUGCAAACAGGCUUUGGAAAAACAAAUCAUGCGUAUGUGUCGUUCAACGACUCGGUUGAGUGUUGUGAAAGCACUGAUAUGACUCGAUCCUCAGUUCACGUUCGAAGCCAUACCUCUUGAGUUGCACGUGCUUUAUGUCUGUCAUAAUUUUUCUUAGCCUGCUUCUUUCUUUAAAAAAGUAUGCAAACCUUGAACCAUUGAGAUGCAGUGGGGGCAGUGGAGCCCUAAGCUUGUGUGUCGUCGGCCGCUCACUUGGGUCGUCACCUGGCCCUUGGAUUGGGAAGCUUGCUACUACAAAGGUCAUUGUCAGAGGCACUUGCCAUACCGCUUUUUCUAGCUACACGUAGGUCCGAUGCUUUGUCUACGGUAUAUAAACAGUACUUGCGCUGCUUGCUCGUCCGUGCUGGCUCUUAGAUGUUACCGCUUACGCUUUGUACUAGUGGCGCAUUAUCAGCUCGUUUAAAGCUCGGCUGUUGUGAGCUGCCAGUUUUCUACCUUGUUGAGUGUUACGAUACGCGAACGAGAUGUGUGAACCAAGGGAUAGAAGAAAGAGUUUUACCGAACGUUGUCAUGAGACGUCACAGGGGCGGUAGGCUGCCAUGCUCAAAGAGAAGUGAUGUACGCAAAUGUUAAAUGUUACGGACUCAUAUUUCGGAGAAAGAACUUCGGCAGGACAAGUUGUCACCCAAUUUUUUCCUCAUGCACCAAAGAUACUGGUGGUUUACAGUGACGAAAGAUGAUCUCCUGGGUGCAACUCACAUCUACAACACCGCUGAACAGAUGCAGUGAGGCAAGCAAAUUUCAGGUGCCAGUCUGUUAUGCAAAACUGCUGAAAAUUGAAUGUUUGUUUUUAUAUUUUGAUAACUAUGCAGCUACGACCCUCUUUUGCGUGAGAACUUUUGCCUCCCCGACCAACUAUAUUGCCAUGAAUACGCAUAUGCGUGAAAUUUUAACAAAGUUCUUAAGGUACAAAGAGAAAUGCAGGAAAAGAUACAGCUGUACCUGUUUUAGUUGCUCUGUCAUAGAUAUUUGUUUAUAAUUCUACAUUGUGCUGUCUAUCAUACGUUUAGUCCUAUUUGCUGUCACAAUUUCAAGUAAUUGUUUUAGUUUUUGAAAUAUCACUACUUUUGCAUCUUUUUUUAUAAACUUAUAUUUUCUUUUCCCACUAAUUAUGUUCUGUUUACCUCAGUAAUUCUUAUCACUCAUAACAGCCUUAACUAGUAUUCAAAAAUUAAAGCACCUUUCAAAUAUCUUACUUAAAUUAUCACUAAAGGUUCGAUACCCUGUCUGAGACGGGCCCAUAUUCUUAAACAAACAUUGAUCCGAAAUUCAUCCUUCACUUGGCGAAGUUGGGCACAGCGCCGCUGCUUGACUGAAAAUGACCCUGCACUUCUGAAAAAAUGGUGCAGAUUAUUGCUAAUAUGCAGUGACUUUUUCUGCCUUGAGGUGGCGAUCCCAUCUACUUUCUCAAUUCAAGGUGAUGCGUUAAGUGAAGGGAUGUUCUGGUAUACGGGGGUCAGUAAUUCAGCAUGACUGAAAUAAAAACAAGAAGAACCCUUUUGCACUUCCUAAGCUGCAGAAUUCAGCUUGUAAAAAAAAAAAAAACAAGAAACUUGUUUGUUCUGAUGCUGUUUGACUAUUUCCAGUGGGUUUGGUAUGUUGGUGGUGGUGUGACCUAUGAGCAUUGUAUUGAGCGUAACGAAACGUUACAGGCAGCAGCUAUGCAAAUGCCAUUUUGUUGUUGCAAGCGUUGCUGUAGUUGCAGCUUGCUUUUUGGUGAUAGUUUAAUGGCUAUAUAUUAUAGAUAGGAGCAUCAUGCAAAAUAAAAUGCCUAGUUGGUGCGUAUA